AUGCCGUCGAAUCAAGCAUACACGGACUACCUUGCGCAGUCGAAGGCGCCAAUGCUUAACGCCUUGUACGCCGCUCCGAUACCACUCGAAGUCCUAAGUACAGGCCUUAGACUCUGGGUGAAAGUGUUCACCCUGUCGGAUGGACGACUGUAUCCUGAUGAUAUCAUUAUCACGCUUGCCACAAUUGUUGCUGUAGGUGAGUGUAUCGUCGGACUCUUGCUCGGGGCUCCCCAUGGUCUGGGACGGCACAUCGAGGCUGUUACUCCCGACGACAUGGCCAUGUUCCUCAAGGGCGACUAUAUUUUCAGUCACUUUUAUGAUGUAGCCAUUGCCACCACGAAGCUCGCGAUACUGGCGCUCUACCAUCGCAUCUUCGCGAUAACGAUGUUUCGCAGGCUCACCAUCUGGACUGCAGCAGUAGUCCUGGUAUGGCUAUUGGGCAUGGAGGUCACGCUGGGAUUUGGGUGUCGACCUAUUAAGGCGUGGUGGGGGGCAGCAGAGGGUGCUUGUGUCAACAAGGUCGCUUUCACGUAUGCCACCAACAUCGUCAACAUCGUCCUCGAUGUUUGGAUAUUUCUUAUGCCUAUACCGACCAUAUUCAAACUACGGACUGGCCAGCACAAGAAGAUCAGCUUGGCAUUCCUUUUCUCUGUUGGACUCGGUACCUGCGCCAUCAGCGCCGUCCGGCUCAAAUAUGUAUUUUCUGCGGGCACGCGAGACUUUACAUGGGAAAUGACGGGCCUCGGCAUUCUUUCGGCUUGGGAGCCGUGCGGUGGUAUCCUUUGUGCCAAUCUGCCAGUAGUCUAUCGAUACAUCGUUCAGGUUGCCAGCCAGCUCAAGGCAUCCAUCGCCCAAUGCUCUGCCCAGGGCGAAGUCAAAACGCAUAGCUCCGUAUCCCCAUCGCAACGACUCAUGCAACACGACUGGGUUCAGCUUCCGGCCGAGAAUAUGGGCUUGAGCACGGUAGUCGUCCACAAUCGUCACCCGGUGCAGACUCCCGGAAGAACUGAACCUUGUGAGCUUGGUAGCCUACCAUGGAGCGGAAUCAAAGUUCAACAAAGUAUUCAUCAGCAGAGAGAAUGGUAACUACACAUUGAGUCAUUGGUGAAGUCGAGCAGGUGUCAGUGCACAGGAGACGCCACAUGACCUGAUGCGAGGCAUCGCGUCGAUAGAAGUCUCCUGAUCACUACUUGGAGCACCGAGCAGACGAAGAACAUGGUAGAGCCGAUAGCUAGUGGUGCGGGUGUUGUUAGGCAGCAACAAAUAGUCCUGGGCAAAAGUGCUAGUUG